UUGAAAUAGUCUUAUGUCAGUUGGCCAAGUAAAUAAACUGGAUGCUACUUUCAUCGACUUUUUGGAAAUAGAGUCGGGAAAAAACCGCAAGGUUCGCGGGGGUUCGGGAAAAGUAUGGAUUCUGAGGUUUUUGCAUCCCGUGUCAACAACCAGUAACUCGUCAAACAACGAAACUUUGUUGUGGGUGGCAGAAAGUGUGGACAACGGAGACAAGCUGGUGGUGAAGUUUGAAGUGGCGCACAAUCCCUCAGAGUGGGAACUUCUAUUAAAGGAAGCAGAAGACUGGAAAGCGCUUUCGGACUGUAGCUUGCAAAAGAAACAGGAAACAGUUUAUGAAGAACUUGAAAGUAAAACGAGACUAGACGGAGAAAGCGACAAAGCCAAUGUUUUAUAUGGGUCUUUACAGGUUUUGCCCUUUACGAGACUAUUGGACUAUGCAAAAGUACCUUAUGCAAGAUCUUGUCUUAUCUUCAUCGUGGAGUACAUAAACGUUGCUCCACUUCGACCUCCUGUAACUGAAGAGCAACUGUUAGCUAUAUUGAAAAAUAUUAUUCAAGGUGUCCUUAUUAUGCGCGAGUUGGGUAUGGGAGUACACGGAGAUCUUUCCUUGGACAAACUGCUUUACUGUAAAGAGUCUGGAGUUAAAAUAGGAGGGUUUGGUCUCAAAAGACGGAAGAAGGCCACUACUCUGUCUUCAUGGCUUGAAAACUCUCCUGAAAGGCUUGACAAGGAGGAUGUUUAUCAAAUUGGAGCCGUUGCCUAUGAGCUUUGUUGUGGAAACAAACCUUUUCAAGGUGGAGAAAGAGACUCCACAACUAAAAUACAAGCGGUUUUUGGAAGAGUAUCUUUCCCAGAAGCAGCUUGUAGGAGAUACAGUUCACAAAUUCUGGAAGUCAUACGUCGUUGCUUAUCCAAAAAUCCUUCACAACGUCCCGAUAGUUUUAGUCUUUCAUAUAUAGUGGCAGCUGCUCAAGGUCUGGUUCCUCCAAUGUCCGAUAUGCCAGCACAGGAAAGAACCGGACGAGACUCUGUUACAAUGGAAAAGGAAUCCUCUGUUGGCCGUAGAAAAACGGAAGAAGGAAUAAGUUUAUCGAGUUCCACUAACAACUUGCGUGCAAUAGAGAGAACUUCACAAGACGAUCCUGUUGGACCACGAAAUACAUCGACACAGAUAGUCGAACCUGGCAGAGGACUUAGUCGAGAUGACCUCUAUUUAUUGCAUUUAUAUCAUGUACCUCACAAUGUAACUCGUGGACCUUGGGAGUCUUAUCAUCGUCCAGGAUCUUUUGAAUCAUCCCUAGCCAAAGCUACAACCAAUACUCCUAAACCUGCAAAGCCUAAGCAUAUUCGUUGGAUAGUUAUUGAUAUUUGGGAAAGACAUAUGGGAAUGGUACUUUACGAAUCAUUUGCAAGUCAUCUAAGGUCCAGCUCUGCCACUGUAGUGUUUAAGUAUCUAACGGUUAUCUACAAAGUUAUGGUGGAUGGCCCACCAGAAUUUUUGGAACUUUCCUAUCGACAAGCAAGUGAUCAACUUUUUGAAUAUUUGGAAAGAGUAUGGAGCAGAGAACACUUGCAGAAUGUUUCCGUUACGGAUGACGUUUAUCUUUUUUGUUUUGCAGGUGGAGAAAUAAGUAGAUUCAGUACACUGUUAAGGCUGAAGGCGAAACUAUUUCAUGAUUUUUCUGCAGUAUUUGAUGGUAGCCGUUCGAAAAUUGCAAGCUAUCAACAACACUAUCAACAACAAUUGCUUCUUACUGUAAGCCAUGGACAUUCGAGGCAUAUGGGGAAGUCCGAACUGCCAGGCACUCCUGAAGACCCUUUACAAGGAAAACGAGAACCCCUCCUUCAUGCCUUUGUUAACUUGAUUGAACAUUGUUUUAAACUAAGUGCUUAUUUCUUAUCUUGUAAUGACCCUUGCAGAGAACUGAAACUGAUGGUUAUCCCGUCUUUAGCUAUCGAAAUUACAAAGGCUUAUUUUGCAUCUCUGUCCUGCUUUUAUUUUCUAACGCAAUAUUAUCGUGAAAGGAGGGAUUUAGAAGGUCUUCGUACUUGUUACAAUACAUUCUGUUCUGGACAUCAACAGACUUAUACCUUUGUGGAUUCAGUUCUUGCAGAACCUAAUGUAGCUGAAUUGUGUCGUGAAGGAACGUUACCCAAACUAUGUUUCAGUAUCGCUCCUUUGGAGGCUUUCUUCGAACCCGCACCUGAAACGCCGAGUCAUUUAGAAUCUGAUAAAAGGUUGAAUUCAAUGGUGGAAAAAGGUCGUUUUCCAUUCCAAGUGGAACUGCGAGAAUUGUUGAACAUGGGCUUUACUAGAGACCAUGCACAACUAGCAUUGGAAAGAACCCAAGGUGACGUGAAUGCUGCUGUAGCACAGCUUGUAGAUGACUUUGCUAGUCCUGAUAAGAUUGCCAAGUUACUUGAUAGCGAGAGACCAUUAGCAGUGGGAGAACGUACUGUGACUAAAAGAAUGGAGGAGCAAGUAUUCAGUCCGUUUAGAGGCCAACAACAUUUGGUCGAAGAGAUAAAAGAUCGCAGACAAACACACAAUGUGUCAAGUAAUGCUAUGCCUAAUGGUGUCAUUAACCAACCAAAACCAAGUAAUAGUGAACAGAAAAUAGUAUUAAAUGAUCCACAAGGAUGGGAAAAGUUUCGACAGAGACUUACCGCGGAGAAUUCUACGCAUUCGAAAAGCGAUCGCGGCUAUCAUGUCGGAAAUGGUGACGAACCCACUCCUGAAAAAAUAGGCAAUAAGCAGGAUGCUAAGAGAGGAAGACCAAGAGCUUCUUCCGCUGUCGAAUUUUCCUCGAGUCAUAAUGACGAUAUACUGAAUGAGAAAGUUUCAAAAGAAUUCGAUAUGAAGAAACCCUUGAAUGCUCAAGCAAACCAUUCGCGAACAAUAGCGGAUAAGAAUGCUCAACACACAAGGCAUUUGGAUGACAGAGUACAGGCUCCUGUAGCCAAACAAAAAAACUUGAACAAGGAACAGGUGGAGAACAAAAAUGACAAGGUCCAAAUUGCAGAUAAAAUGAAAAAUGAAAAGUUUGAGAAGCCACAUGCUCCAUUUUGUCAUUGUGUGAUUUGCGAAGCAGCAAAGAACAUUCAAAAAGUAUCGUUGUCUUCCAAAGUGACACCUUUUUCUGGAGGUGGAAGUUUAAUGAGAAGUUUGAACCCUUCCUUCGAAAUCGACCCUACUGAGUUGGAGUGGGGUCCUCUGAUUGGUCAAGGUGGAUUUGGUCAGGUUUAUAAAGCCCGUUUUCGAGGUACUGCAGUUGCAGUGAAAACCAUAAGUGCCAUGGCUUUGGUCAAUCAAAACGCAGUCAAGGAGUUUCAAAGCGAAGUUGCUGUUCUUUGCACGCUUCGUCAUCCCAACGUUAUUUUGUUCAUGGGAGCCUGUACGAGACCGCCUCAUUUAUUCAUUGUCACGGAAUUUAUGUCCAAAGGAACGUUGUUCGAUAUAUUGCAUCGCUAUCGCGUACCCAUGAACUGGAGUCUCAUGAAGAGAAUGGCGUUGGAUGUUUGCCGCGGGAUGACUUAUCUUCAUGCCUCCAAGUUACUACAUCGUGAUUUAAAAUCAUCCAAUUUGAUGUUAGACGAUCAUUUUACAGUGAAGGUGGGAGAUUUUGGUUUGACGCGGCUCAUUGCAACCCAAACACAAGGACCAAUGACUGGUCAAUGUGGUACUUUUCAAUACAUGGCACCAGAAGUUUUAGCUAACCAACCUUACUCGGAAAAAGCAGAUGUGUAUUCGUUUGGAAUCAUCCUAUGGGAAAUGGUGGCAAAGCAGUUACCCUAUUACGGUAUCCAACCUAUGCAAGUUGCUGUCGCUGUACUAUCCAAACAAAUGAGACCACCGAUGCCACCUAGCUGCCCAGCUCCGUUGGCACAACUGAUCCAGUCGUGUUGGCAGCAAGAUCCUAGUCGAAGGCCAUCUUUUCCUGAAAUUAUGAAAUUGCUCGAACAAAUGCCGUAUUAAAUAUUAUUGCGUUUGAUAACCUAUAUGAUCUACCUUUGCAGAUAUGAAAUACUUGUUUUGUGAUGAUGAACACAUUGUCCUUACUUGGAAUUUCAAGGGCAAGCCUUGCCAUAACCCCACGUUGAAAAAGUGCACCCAUCAUAUACAAAUGAAAUGCUGCAUUCCUUCUGGAAAACAAAAAGUAUCCAGUGGGCAAGUAGUGAUGAUUGUAUAGUUAAAAAGUAAAGACAGUAGCAACCUAUUUUUCAAACUUUUUCAAUGUUGAACAACUCUAAGAAGGGCUAUCAUCGUUGCGAGAAACACGAAGGUUUGCCUUCGUUAGACGUUAACGUAGGUUAUUUGGUUUCAAAUUAAUUUCACGCAUGCAUGUGUGUUUGUGUUGCAUAACAAAUACGCAGAGUUAGACAAAAAGGUGUAGCUUAAAAAUUAAAUCCAAGCAUCAUUUUUAUGUAAAAUCAAAGUCCAAAUGUUAUUUGUCGUUGAAAACAUAUCUGACACUCAGUAACGUCGUAAUAAUGUAGCGCAUCAAUGUUAAACUUAAAAUUUUUUAAAUUAAAAUAUCAAAUCUGGUUUCCUCGCAUUUCGUAAAAAUAGUUCACAUCGUUGAAAGAAAGCGAAAUUAAAUUUCGAUUAUUACAC